UUGGCAUUGGCUUCUUGUAGUCAUACAUUCUGAGAAUUAGUUUUGGUUGCCGAACAAUAUGAUGGCAAACGUAAAAGUUGUGCUGGUUUCUCUUCUUGUGUUUGUAGCUAUUAGUUCUUGUAAUGGAGGUCAUGAUCAGCUGAGUCCAUGGUUCUAUCGCAAGAGUUGCCAGCAAUUUGAAAAUAUAGUGAGGAGCAUUACAUGGAGCAAAGUUGCAGCUAACCCUAACUUCGCGGCCAAGCUUCUAAGGCUGCAUUACCAUGAUUGCUUUGUCCAGGGAUGUGAUGCAUCGAUACUGAUAGAUUCAACGGACGGCAACACGGCGGAGAAGGAUGCAAGACCUAACCGGUCAGUUGAAGGUUAUGAAAUUAUUGACGAAAUAAAAGCCAAAUUAGAAGAAGAGUGUCCCGAUACCGUCUCGUGUGCUGAUAUUGUUGCUUUAGCAGCCAGAGAUGCUGUUUCUUACCAAUUUGGAAGGUCGAUGUGGCUGGUAUUUGGAGGGAGGAAAGAUGGCAGAGUUUCACUUGCUACAGAGGCUACAAGAGACUUGCCUUCCGGAGGUGCAAACUACACCACACUCCGAGACCAAUUUGCUGGUUUAGGGCUAAACUACAUAGAUCUUGUUGCCUUAUCAGGGGCGCAUACCCUCGGAGUAGCACACUGCGUGGUAUUUGCAAGGAGACUGAACUUCACAGGAAAAGGGGACAUAGACCCUUCACUUGAUCCAGCAUAUGCAGAGUUCUUGAAAACACAGUGCCCCAGCAGUACUCCUAAUCCGGCCACCACCGUUGAGCUUGACGAAAGUAGCUCAAUCUCCUUCGACAGCCACUACUUUGUGGGUCUGAGGCACAAAAAAGGCCUGCUCGGAUCAGAUGCUGCCCUACUCACUGACCGGCGGGCGGCUUGGGUUGCAAGAAGCUUCCAAAAUUUCCAUGUCUUCAUGGCUCACUUCGGUCAGUCGAUGAAGAAAAUGGGUGACAUUGGAAUCAAAACAGGAAAUGAUGGAGAAAUUAGGAAGAAUUGCCGAGUUAUUAAUGCUUAG